AUGCAAACGCCAACAGCAGACACCAUCAUGAGCACGCCGGCUGCAGUCAACGUUGGCUACAACGGCAAGGAGCGGGUCAACGCUCGCACGGAAGGGGUCAGCAACCCAUCCAUCCAAGAUGACGGCCGUGUGCGUCUGUUUUCAGAGGCGGAAACACGGGGUGAUACCGGCUCCCGCAAGACCAACGUCCAUGGUGACAAGCAUUCACACAGCAGUCAUCAUCGCAACGUGGCUCGCGUGCUGUUCAUAACGAAGAGUGGUCGCACCCUCCGAAGCGGUCCACCGCACCCGCUCAGCCAUGGUGUGGGUCGCCAGGGCCGUGCAGUGGUGUGGGCCCGGCAGUUCCACGUGCCCAACAAGCUGCGCACGCGCCCCACCGCUGGCGUCAGUGCCACAAACUGGCGCUGGACACCGCCGCCGGCUCGCUCAGCGCACAUCGUGGAUAUGGGCUACCCAGGCGCGCGCAAGCACCAUAAUCACCUCACAGAUGGCAUCCAGCACGUUGUGCGUGCGAGGAGGCCUGUGCCAGCUGCAGCCACCACAGCAACACAUCCGCUCAGCCAUGGUGUGGGUCGCCAGGGCCGUGCAGUGGUGUGGGCCUGGCAGUUCCACAUGCCCAACAAGCUGCGCACGCGCCCCACCGCUGGCGUCAGUGCCACAAACUGGCGCUGGACACCGCCGCCGGCUCGCUCAGCGCACAUCGUGGAUAUGGGCUACCCAGGCGUGCGCAAGCACCAUAAUCACCUCACAGAUGGCAUCCAGCACGUUGUGCGCGCACGGAGGCCUGUGCCAGCUGCGGCCGCUGGACGCAAGGUGCACCAUGUCAUCGGCAUCACCAGCGAGCAGAGCGAAGUGUAA